AUGCGCCUCUUCCAUAAAAACAAAUCGCAGCCAUCACUCCCGGAAGUCUUCGAGGCAAGUGGUGAAGACAACAGCGAACAACCACCACCCCAACAAGGCGCCAAUACCCACCCACCUGUCCGCUAUUCAUUGGUGAUUCCCGGCGACCAUUCCUACCAGCCGCCGUACCCCUAUGCCAAUGACCAGUCCGUGCAUCCGCAAACGCAAAACUACGAGGAGAACUAUACCCACCCCGCCCACGCCGUGAGCAGAUUCAGCCACGAGCUCCUAGACUCGGCUCCAACGUCUUCGCAUCACAGGGGCAGACCUACAUUGAAUCUGGUUCCUACGUCUCCGUCUUUGGGCUUAGGUAGUUCGUCCGACCUGAGUUCGACUGAGCCUCCCUAUACUCCUCAUAGCUCGGAAGCCUCUCCUCUAGCGGAAUCCCAGCCACGCAAGUUCAGAAAAGGCCUCUUUGGAUUAUCCUCAAAACACAAGGACAAGGACUCUUCAUUUCGAGGUUCCAAGGUUCUUGGCCGUACGAUAUCGGUGAGACAAUCUAAAGAAGAGCAACCCACACAGAGCCGUAUGCCUCUAUCAAAGAAAACGUCCCAACCCCCUUAUCCCCCCGCCGUAAACCGGUCCUCCUCAAAUAUAGAGGGUCAGCCCUUUGACCCGCCUCGAAUUCAACGCGUGAGUACUGAGCCACUUUCCCAAGACCUUUAUCCGCCGCGAAAUUCCUCGGUACAUCAAUAUCAGGAGGGCCCACACCUGUCUGAAGCGCCGCAUCCCCAGUUGCAGAUUGACCACGCUCACUUGCAGCAUCCAAGUGUGAACUAUCAGUUGAGUGGACCACAAGCCUUUGCAGACCAGGUAUCAGGUCCUCGUAGCCAAUCCCCGCAACUAGAUCCUUAUCUUACUCCAAGGCCGCCGUCUCAGCAAUCCUUUGGACCCCCUUCCCCUCUUAACCCUCAUUAUCAAGGCUUUGAAUCUAACCAGCAUAAAUCUCAUUUUCGACAGUCGCUUCAGCCGCCAACCGGAUCGACCCAAAGCGGAAUGGAGAGGCAAACAGGAUUGAGGCAGCCAUCGGAGCCGAUGGGACAGAAUCCCCAACCUCAACCCACUCAGCCACCAAGCGUCACACCCGGCUCGAGCUUCAAAGGUAAUGUACCUCAACCAGGCUCCGGUGAGGUCGAUCGGGACACCCCGCUUCACCCCCCUACCAAAGGUCGCGAUGAAGCUCCUGAAAUUGACGUGCGAGCGUUGACUCAGAAGUAUGAGGAACUCCGUAUGUGCCACUUGUCUUUUUCGUUUUGA